CAGUUGAGCGCGUUAUUCGGUAAUUUAGUUCGUUUUCACUUCGUUCACCAGUGGUUAGUUUGUUUUGUGGUUUUGGAUAUGUGGGCUACAGCCUCCAAACAAACUGCAAAAGGUGAAAUUAUUCAAGACAAAAAACCUCCAAAAAAGAUUUGCAACCCAUUGCAAAAUGCAAAAAAAGAUUCCAUAAUAAACAAAACUCAGGAAGAAGAUAAUAAUUUUGCGGCCAGUUUUUUAGGAAGCCCAAUCAUAGAUCAGUCAUUAGUUGAUCUUGCAUUAAAAACUCCAAAAUGUAUAUCAGUGUCUCGGGUGCUGGUUUUAUACACUGGGGGUACCAUUGGAAUGAAAUGUGUAAAUGGUGCUUAUCGUUCAGUGGAGAAUUUUUUUCUGCCUACCUUAAAUCAGAUGCCUACCUUUUGCGAUCCAGAUUUUCAAAUUCAUAUUAAUCAAUUCAAUAUUGAACAUUUACAUCGAAAAUUAUCAAAAUCUACCAUUACUUCAUCUUAUUCACCACAUACAAAAUUUUCAAAACGUGAAUCUAGUAUAACUGUAUCAGAUCAUAUACAAACAUAUGCUUUACCAAUUGAUAAUACAGGACAUCGUAUUUUAUAUACCAUUGUUGAAUAUUGGCCAUUAUUAGAUUCAUCUGAUUUAAGUAUGAAUGAAUGGAAACGUAUAGCAAAAGAUAUUUAUGCAUUUUAUAAUGAAUUCGAUGGAUUUGUUAUAUUACAUGGUACAGAUACACUUGCUUAUACAGCAUCAGCAUUAUCAUUUAUGUUAGAGAAUUUAAGUAAACCAGUCAUUAUAACUGGUGCACAAUUGCCUGUUUUUGAAUUUCGUAGUGAUGGAUGGAAUAAUUUUAUUGGUGCAUUAAUGAUUGCUGGUGGUAAAUAUGCAAUUAGUGAAGUGACUGUAUUAUUUCAUUCUAAAUUAUUUCGUGGUUCUCGAGUAGUAAAAUGUUCCAGUAAUAAUUUCGAUGCAUUUGAAUCACCAAAUUAUCCAGCUAUUGCAGAAUUAGGCACAGAAAUUGUAGUGAAUUAUAAUUUAAUAUUUCGUCCAACUGGAUUACCGAAACCAUUUUCUAUUCAUACAAAUUUAUGUCAAGAUGUUGCAAUAUUGAAUAUGUUUCCAUUAAUAUCGAAAGAACACAUUGUUUCCAUGUUAGCACCUCCUAUUAAAGGAGUUGUUCUUCGAACAUAUGGAGCUGGUAAUAUUCCAUCUUCUCGUCAGGACCUACUGGAUGCAUUAAAAGAAGCUUCUGAUCGAGGUAUGCUUAUGGUUAAUGUUACACAAUGUUGGCGUGGUGGCGUCAAAGCAGUUUAUUCAACUGGGAUGGUUCUCAAUGAAUAUGGUGUAACUCCAGGAUAUGAUAUAACAACUGAAGCAGCCCUUACUAAAUUGGCUUAUAUAUUGAGUAAAACAGAAAAUGAAGAUUAUUCUAGUAAACGUACAAUGUUAUUAAGUAGUUUACGAGGUGAAGUCACUGUUGAAGGUGAAGAUUCUAGAGCAGCUAAUGUAUCAUUAUAUAAUAAAAAUUGUUUAAAUCAAGAUAGAAAUUUGAUGGUAUAUUUUGCUAAAUUAUUUUCAACAACUUCAUCAGAUGAUUCUGAAGGAACUGGUUCAAUGUGGGUUCAACGUUUAAUACCAACACUUGGUUGUUGUGCAGCUGCAUCAAAUAAUGUAUCAUGUUUAAAAGAAAUAUAUCAUAUAAUUGGUCAUUUACAGUUAUUUGACACUGAAGGAUGUACUCCACUUCAUAAAUCAGCAUUUUAUGGUCAUAUUGCAGCAACAAAAUAUUUAUUAGAAUGUGGUGUAUCAGUUCAUAUUGCUGAUAAACGUGGUUAUACUCCAUUACUUUGUGCUUUAAAUAGUUUAUUUCCAUCAUCUGAACUGGUACAAUUAUUAUUAGAUGCUGGUGCUGUAUUAAAUGCUGAAAGUCAACUUGUCACUAAAUUAGUUCAUCAAGCAGUUUCACAUGGUGAUAUAGAAAGAUUACGUUUAUAUCAAUUGGCUGGAUAUUCAUUUUGUAAUAUGGAUGAAGAAGGUCGUUCAGCUUUACAUGUAGCUGUAGCACAUCGACAAUUGAAUUCAAUUAAAUUUCUUAUAUCACCAAUAAAUAAUACUGAAAAUUCUCAAGAUGAAGAGAAGAAUAAUAAUGCAAACACAACAGAGCUAGAAUCAGGUGCUGGUAUAGAUCCAAAAUGUCAUCAUACAUUAUGGGGUACAACUGCAUUAGAUGAAGCUAAAUUACGACAUUUUGAUGAUAUUGUACAAUUAUUAGAAACAAAUAUAUGA